AUGAAUCCUUCACUCCAAAACUUGUUCCAUUUCUUCUUCAUCUUCUUCACUCUCUUUACUUCAAAAGCUUUUUCCUCGUCCAUUCAACCAAUUUCCUACUCUGAUCAUUGUAAUUCUUAUGCUCCUGAAGCCAUUCCAACUGAUACAAUGUUCACCAGAUUCCCCGUUUUCGAUACUGUAACUACCCAUUACACAGGCGGUCAAAACAUUCUUGAUCAACAUCCCCUACCACAACGAUCCAUCCUCUUUGAAGCCACCCGUAACCUAUACAAGACAAACGUCGUUGACACAUACAAAAUCCAGGCCCAACUAAGUUUCUUUCCAUCGGCUAUAUAUUAUCGCCCGGACAACUUCAGUAAUAUCAUGUCUAACUAUUCACGGGUUGGGUGGAAAUAUCGCAGGCCGUUGGUGUUUUAUCUAGAUGGGUUCUGGUCAGUGUCUACAAGUAAGCUUUGUAUGGUUGGAUCCGCUCGUUGGUUUACAAAAGAAGGUAAUCCACUUACGCUAAACGCUGUUCUUAAGCUUAAAUUCGCUAGAUUCAUAAAUAUGAACAACAGUUUAGUAAGUGGAAUCUUGGAGAGCUUAGCUUCUCCUAAUGAUUUUGAUUACUUUGACCCGAUUUCAAUCUUGGCAUUCCCACGAGUGGAUCCAUUAAAAUACAAGUAUACAUUGGAAUCGAAUAAAGAGUGUAAUGUAGCUAAAACCAAAACCGUUCAAGAUUCAGUAGCCAGUAUGAAGUCUCUCGAUAUAUGUUUGAUUUUCAGACAAAGAUUCACAACUUACAAGUUGGAGUAUCCUAGUAAUUGCAAAAAUUGUUCUCUAUUUGGUCAAGACCAUGGUAGUUUGCCUGGUUUCAUGUCAUUGUACACGAUCCAGUGUUCUGAUGAAGACUACAAACUUCGUUUUCUAAUCGAAUUUCAAGACAGAAGGUUUACUCCAUAUGAUCAGGCUUUCCAGCCAAAAAUAUCACUAAUCGGAGAAGGAACUUGGAAUGGGAGAAAAGAUGAGUUGUGCAUCACCGCAUGUCAUAUCUUGAACCAGAGUGAUCCUCUAGGAGAUGCCCGUGUUGGGGAUUGCUCGAUUGGGUUGACUUUGUGGUUCCCUGCGGCUCGGUCAAUCACGAAAACCCAUAACACCGAGGGUCAAAUUUGGACUACCAAAUUAACUAAUGACCAGGGGUCGUUUAGAAUGGCUAAGUUUCAAAGCUUUGAUCAUAGCCGGGAGAGUUACGGGGCGAAGUAUGAAUAUACACAAAUGGAGAAAGUAAGACGAAUUUGCCCCAAAAAGAAGCGUGUGAGGGACAAGUAUCUAAUGGACGAGUAUCAAUCAGGGUAUUAUAGUUUUGGCUUGUCUGUCAAACAUAAGGACAUGGUCUUGAGGGGUUAUGCAGCCCCGAUCUUCAUGGGAAGUCGGGGGUUCAAUGACUAUGAAAUCAUGAAUCCAAACUUCAGUCCGUGGCAAGAAGAGCUUACCCCAGCGGGUAAUUUAACCACCACCUACAGCGGUCCAGUGAACGUCACCUUUGAGAUCAGUUUUACGCUGAACACGAACUCCAUCUCCAGAAGCGGGAUUUCAUCACUAAAUCUAUCCUCUACUGAUAAUCAUAAAGUGGAGAUAUCGGCAGAAGGGGUUUAUUACGAUGAAACAGGACAAGUUUGUAUGGUUGGUUGUAGAAACUUGAAAAACUCUUCUUUUGACUGUGAGAUUCUGGUGAAAUUCCAAUUCCCACGAAGUAGGGAAAGUUUAAUAAAGGGAAACAUCGAAAGCCUACGUGAAAAAAACGAUCCUCUCUACUUUGAGAAACUCGACAUCGUUUCACGCUCAUUCAGCAGAAAUGAAGCAAGAGAAUGGUUACAGAGAAUGGAUUUAGAAACUGUAAUGGUCUUGAUCUCGAACACACUUAUGUGUGUUUUUACUGGACGACAGUUAUUCCAUUUGAAGAAGAGGGCUGAAAUGGUUAAAUCUAUCUCGCUGUUGAUGAUGUUGGUUCUUACUCUUGGGCACAUGGUUCCUCUAGUGCUAAACUUUGAGGCGAUAUUCUCAAACACUAGGAACCAGCAAAAUGUACCGGUUAGGAUUAACGGAUUGCUUGAAGUGAAUGAGGUGAUCGUGAGGAUAGUGACAAUGGUGGCUUUCAUUUUGCAAUUCCGUCUUCUUCAAUUAACAUGGAUUGCAAAAAAGAAUCAUUGGAUUCAUGAGAUACGGACACUUGUCAUAUGUUUACCUAUGUAUAUUAUCGGCGGGUCAGUUAUGUUGUUAGUGAAUUGGAAGAACGGCGAUGAUGACGAUAUUCUAAGUCAACUUUCCAUCUGGGGUGAUUUGAGGUCUUAUGCUGGAUUAACUAUUGAUGGCUUCCUAUUCCCACAACUAAUACUCAACAUUUUCCAGAUUUCAAAAGGAAAUGUUUUGAGCCAUUGGUUUUAUAUAGGAACCACAUUCGUCCGACUAAUGCCUCAUGCAUAUGAUCUUUACAGGGGUCAAAUGUACAUGAGCCAUCAGUUAGAUGGGUUAUAUGUUUAUGCAAAUCCGAGAUCAGACUUUUACUCACCUUUAUGGGAUAUUGUCAUUGUUUGUGGAGGACUAGUGUUUGCAGUGAUCGUUUUCUUGCAACAACUUUUUGGCGGUCGGUUUAUGUUACCAAAGAGAUUCCAGGAGCAUGUUGAGUAUGAAAUGGUACCUGUGAGUAAUCCAGAUGAGCCGAACAAAGACGCAGCCAGAUUAACCAACGAUGAUGAUACGAAAGCCUAA